UCCAAGGACCAGUCAGUGAGCUGUUAACUAUAAGCAGUAACAGUGGGGUCCGUCAGGUGCCUGGGAGGUCAAGGAGGGUGCGGAGCUGGAUGUAUAAGACAGCUUCAUGGGCGUGAAGGACCAUCUGGAGGAUGGGACAGGCCACAUCCUCAGUCUGGGGUUGGAUCUGGACUACCUUCAUGUGGAAGGUGCUGAGCGGCAUGCCAGCCUGAGCACUGAUACAGGUGCUGGGAAUAUAGGGGUCUUACAGAUCAGUGCUGGUGCCCAAAAUAACAGCUGUAACAGUAUUGGUAGUAGUAGAACUGGUUUUAGAACCCAUUCAAGCUAUAGCGGCAGUAGUAGUUGCAGUAACUUCUCUGAGGAGAGUACUGUAUCCGACAGUGAUGAUGAACGGCUCCAUAAUGGGUGUGGUUCUGAAUCUCAAAACCCUCUGCAAGGUCAGCCUCACCUAUGCCUCCAAGAGUCCUUAUCAGUCUGUCAGACAGUCAGGCUGGACCUGGCACCAAAUAUAUCCCCUGGAGACUCCCCACAGCCAGAAAUAUCCUCUCCUACUGACCCUAUCACAGACUACCGCACCAAGGUAGAGUUUGCUCUCAAGCUGGGAUACUCUGAGGAGCUGGUGCUGCUGGUGCUGAGGAAACUGGGCCCAGAUGCACUCAUCAACGAUAUUCUGGGUGAGCUGGUCAAACUGGGAACCAAGACAGAGAUGGAGCAGCAAGGUUGUUCUGCUGUCUCCCAGUCUCCCAUCUCCUCUUUGUCAUCAUCUUUGGCCUGUUCCUCCUCCUCCUCCUCCUCCUCCAACAACCCCUCUCUGGACUCCUGUCGGCUGAUGUGUCCAUCCCAGCUGCUGGAGGACAAAGAAAACCUUCGGCCUGUUGUGGUAGAUGGGAGCAACGUAGCCAUGAGUCAUGGAAAUAAGGAAGUGUUCUCCUGUCAAGGCAUCCAGCUGGCUGUUGAUUGGUUCUUGGAGAAAGGUCACCGUGACGUCACUGUUUUUGUCCCUGCCUGGAGAAAGGAGCAGUCACGACCUGAUGCUCCCAUCACAGACCAAGAGAUCCUACGGCGACUAGAGAAAGAGAAGAUUCUGGUUUUCACCCCAUCGCGCCGCGUGCAAGGACGCCGUGUGGUUUGCUAUGAUGACCGCUUCAUUGUCAAACUGGCCUAUGAGUCAGACGGCAUCAUUGUUUCCAACGACAACUACCGUGACCUAGCCAAUGAGAAGCCAGAGUGGAAAAAAUUCAUUGAUGAGCGUCUACUGAUGUACUCCUUUGUAAACGAUAAAUUCAUGCCACCAGAUGACCCACUGGGACGCCACGGACCCAGUCUGGAGAACUUCCUAAGGAAGAGGCCUGUUAUUCCUGAACACAGGAAGCAGCCAUGUCCUUAUGGAAAGAAGUGCACAUAUGGCCAUAAAUGCAAGUUUUACCACCCUGAAAGGGGUAGCCAGCCCCAGCGUGCCGUGGCUGAUGAGCUCCGUGCCAGUGCCAAAAUUUCAUCAGUAGCCUCCAGAGGCCUGCUGGAAGAUGUCUUGAUGAUGAAGGGCCAAAGUUCUGGUCAACCAGAAGCAAUGGCUGAUCGGGGUACUCCAAAGAAACAGCGAAACCCCAGCCCAUGGCGCUCUUUUAAUGACCUCCUGGAGGACAGGCUUCGGGUCCAGUCCAAAGUGGAAGGACGUAGGGGGAGCAACAGCAGCAGCAGCAGCAGCAGCAGCUGCAGCAGUAGCUUUCUAGGGAAUCUUGUUCCAGGGGGCCACCCUUCAUCAGGAAACCUGGACCGAUGGGAGCACCCUGGGGGAAGUGGUGGAGGCAGCUUCAGGGUUGCUGGAGCCUCAGGACCAAGUCAGGCUGAAACUUACCACAAGUGCGAGUCUCCAGACUUGGGCUACAGCUCACUGGUUAAAGCCUACUCUGGCCUCAGUUUGGUAGUGCCACAGAGCCCUGAAUGCUUCUUCCCAUCUGAUCUGCGAACUGGAUCACUGCUGUCAGACUGUAGCAGUGAAGGCAGCUCAGACUCUUUCUCCCCUGACCCCUUGUUAGACGAUGGCCCCAAGUGCCACCAUCACCACCACCAUCCUCACCACCAUCAUCACUGCUCUGGCAAGUACGCUUACCCUGCAAGUCUUCCUCCUGGACUGGGCCAGCAUGCUCCUCAUGGCCAUCCCGUUUCUCAAGCACUGCUUCGGCAACAUGGUUUUGCCUUGGAAGACCCCAAUGCUUCUGUUAGCUCUCGUGCAUCUCCACGUCCCUUCAAGCCCCCUUCAGCAUACAUCCCACCCCACCCUCAACAUCCAUUGCUGAGCAGUUUCCCUGGGGAAUUCCCAGCUCAUCAACACCAAACAUCCACUGCUCAUUCCCGCCCUCAGAGCUCCCCCCUUGGCCGCAAUAUAAUGGGCUCCCUUUGGCAGGAAGAAGGGCUCCAGGACAAUAACGUAUAUAAAGGGUCACCACUUUAUUCUAGAAGAAACCACUCUGGGAUAAACCAACAACCACAGCAUCAGAUAAACUGGGAUCCCCAUUACCAACAGUCCCCUAAGCCUUACUAUGAUCUGUUUGCCUUCCAGAGCCUUCCAGAAGUACAUGAGAAGGCUUGGCACUCUCCUUGGGGCAGGCAAGUCCAUUCAUCACCCCGUGGCCUUUCAGCAUCAAGUCCUCCACCACCUCCACUGCCGUCCCUUCCACCCAUCACUGCUCAUAAAAGCCACCUGCCCUCAGUGCCCCAGCACCAGGAGCCCCCUAUCUUGGGUCGAUACCAGGACCUUAGGGAGAAGGUGUUUGUGAACUUGUGUCGGAUCUUCCCUCCGGAUUUGGUGAUGAUGGUGAUGACCAGGAACCCUCUUGUGAUGGAUGCUCAGGAGCUUGCAGCUGCAAUUUUGAUGGAGAAAUCGCAGCACCGUUCUUGAAUGUAGCCAGAAGGUGAAGUUACUGCUUCAUCUUAACUGGGAUCACUUCUGAAAGUUUAUCCACUGGACAUGCACAAACCAAAAGCACAAGAUAUAAAUCUCCUGAAGCUGGUAAUAGACAGUUUUUUUUAUUGCAGGAAAGUUAUCUCAUUAAUUUUAAUGGUAUUUUUGUAAAGGGAAAUGUUUUUCAUGGUCUAUAAAUAUACCUGCUAUUUCAGCACUUAAGAUCAGGAAAGUUGGGGUUUAAUGUGCAUGUUUGAGCUUUUGGUUAUGUGUCAAGACACCGGUGUGCUUAGGGAGGCUUUUAAUGUGUGACAGUGUAGUUCAUUUUUAAUUUAUUUAUUUGUUAUAUUUUAAGUUAAGUUACAUAUUUUAAAAUCAUUCAGUUUUCGGCACUUUUUUGUUAUUGGUGUGUUUCUUCCUCACCUUUUUUUCUUUUUGGCAAUCAUAUCAGGGUAUAAGUAUAGCUCAAAUUCAUACUUUCCAUCUGAAUGAAAUACCUCUGUUUUCUACUGAGAUGACAACGUGGGGUAUAUAAAAGAAUCCUAAGAAUUUCACUGCUACAUUGCACAUACAUUCCUACUGUAUUUAAUGCUCAACAAGCGGAUCCUUCUAUACUGACAGGUGGUAGAUCAGCUGCUGUGGUGAGAUUUUGUGGAUUUCCCCCAUAGGGAAGUGAAACCCACAAAUGAAGAUAGCAAAAACUCCACUAGAAAACCCCAAACUGUUGUUCACUGUUGAAUAACAGUUUAGUUCCUGUGCUAGGACAGCCAUGUCAGCUGACUUUACAGUUUGUGAGCUUUCAGUACUGAUUUUUAAACAUUACAUCUUUAAACCAUAUCUAAAUUCUAAAUCAUAUGAAGGUGACUUUUGAGAGCAGGGUCACCAGAAAUGUUUAGGUGGAAUUGAGAUUGUUGGUAUUAUUUUAAUUUAAUAUGUGUUAAUUUAUUAUCUUUUUGUGUGUGAAUGUAUGUGGUGCAUAAGACACAGGGUCUCCUUUGUCAGUAGUGGUGAUACCACUAUGAGGGUUUAGCCACCUGAAACAGGGUGUAACUCAUUUGUACCCUUCUGUUUAAUACAUAGAGAUUCCCAACUUUGCAGUACAAGACAGGAACAGACUGGGAAACAGCUUCCUAAAAUUAAUAAUUAAUUAAUUCCCACAGAGUAUGUCACCAGACACUUAUUAUCAUGACAACAGUGGGAACACCCAUAAAUAAUAGUUUUUAGUUCUACAAAUGUUUCUCAGAGGCUCUAAUAAUCCCAUUUGUUAAAUAAAGAGUCAGCAGUUUAGCAAAGAUUCAGAAUCAGAUUUGUUUUUUUAAUACAAAAAUAUUAAAAAAUAAAUUAGAUAACAAAAAGCUAUUGCAGCUAGUUUCAAGUUGGCAUGUCCAGACUAAUUUUUUCAGGUAUUUAAUAGUAAUGUUCUGUACAAGUACUGCAACUAACUCAGUUAAUCUGUUAUUUAUUAAUCAAUCCAUGAUCAAAUCAUUGAAAUGUCAAAACAUAGUAAAAAACACCCAUCACAAUUUUGCAGAACCCAUGGGGGCUUCGUCAAAUUCCUUGUUUUGUCUGACCAAAAGUGAUAAUUCUAAUUAAUUUCAUGUCAGUAUUUUUCAUAUGUCAGUAUUUUCCAAACUACUCAUCUUUCUCUUUUUUGUCUUCUUUCAAUUUUUAAGUUGUCUU